AGAAAUUGCAUUUUGUUAACGUAGCAAUUUAGAUUGCAACACCGUUAAUAAUCAUGUACUAUGUAGUUGAAUUUUGUACUCAUUAUACUGCAGAUGGUUUGCAUUCAUUUCCGAUUUUAUGUUCUACUUAAAUAUGUCAAUACACCUAGGAGUUUGGUUAUCGGUUUCAAUAGUUUUCCUUGCUUUUCAUUAUUCCAAUGCAAAUGAACCGAACGGUCCUACCGUUCAUUAUGAAACAUUCGACGAGUAUAAAAGUCGUUUAAACAAGACUUACUAUCAACGUUGGGCGGAAAGUCGAAGCAAAAAAGCGUUCGAGGAAAAUAUGAGACUCAUCCAGACGCACAAUACGUUAGCGAAGAAUGGUACAUACUCGUUUGAGCUUAGGUCAAAUGUAAUGGCUGACUAUACAAACUUACAAUAUCUACGUCGAUUUGUUCGCUUAACACACAGUAAUCGUCGAAAAGUGGAGGAUGUACCAAAUGAAAUGGUUGGUGCUUCCUUAUUCCAAGUCGAUACACUACCACAAUCAUUGGACUGGCGAGAAAAAGGAUUUCUAUUGCCACCUAACAAUCAAAAGUCGUGCGGUUCCUGUUACGCUUUCAGUAUCGCCCACAGCAUUUCGGGACAAGUAUAUAAGCGAACUGGACUGUUGAUUCCGUUAAGUGAACAGCAGCUUGUAGAUUGUAGCGCAUUGAUAGGAAAUCAUGGAUGUGCCGGCGGAUCAUUACGAAACACUUUACGCUACCUGGAACAAUGUGGUGGCUUGAUGAGAGAAAAAGACUAUCCAUACACUGCCAGUCAAAAUAUAUGCAAAUUUAAUCCAGAAUUAGCUGUUGUGAAUGUUACAAAUUGGGCAAUCCUUCCUUCACGUGACGAAGAUGCACUCAAAAAUGCAGUUGCUACUGUUGGACCUAUUGCUGUCUCAAUAAAUGCCGCUCCGAAAACGUUUCAGCUGUACAGUCGCGGGGUGUAUGACGACCGAGAUUGUUCGCCAGAUAAGGUGAACCAUGCAAUGUUACUGCUUGGUUACACACCAGAAUACUGGAUUCUGAAAAAUUGGUGGGGGAAAAACUGGGGUAACGAUGGUUACAUGAAAAUUAAACGUGGCGUUAAUCUGUGUGGAAUUGCGAAUUUUGCAGCCUAUGCUGUUGUCUAAAAACAACUGGAACAAUGUACAAUGCACACGCAAAGUUUGAAGCGAUAAUAAAAUAUUUAGAAGAAAAAUAACAUUUUUUUCACAUUUAAAAAUUUAUUUAUCAUCUCAGGUAUAAUCGAACAAAAAUAUUUGAUUCAUUGAGUUUCUUAUUUAGUUCACUAAGAAAUGUGUGAAUUCGGCUACAAAUAAUGAACUUUUCAACUUCUAAUGAUUUAGGAAAGAAGAAGUGCACUCC